CAUCUAUUCGCGAUUUCUUUCUUCGUUCUUCUAGAUCUAUCGCCCGGUCAAAUUUUCGACUGAUUCACAGGAGCAAUGCAAAAGGAAAGAAUCCGUUGACGUGAAAUCUUCUUCCCAUAGGAAUGUCUUAUCUCGCCCAAAUUAUGCAUGUUUUUCGCGUCUCCGCCUCACGGAUUUUACACAGAAGGAAAGUCUCGAAUUGAAUCCUGAUUCAAAGGAAAAAAAUCCGAUUGCAUCCGUUGUCUGUAACAUUACACGGCCAGCCCAGAGGAAAUCCUGCCGGAAGGAAAUUGCAGCAGCCAAAUCCACGGACUCCACUGGCUCCACAGAAAUAUCAUUUCUACUUACAACUGAUAGUUGCGCUGGCAAUUUAAUGCCAACUGGUGAUGCCCAAGGCGUGCUCGGCAGCUACAUGUAUCAAACCAAUUUGAAAGAAGAUUUUGUGAAAUCAAAGGACAAUCAGUUUGAACGACCUGAACAUCAUAGCACCAACUACACUGUGGACAAAAGAAUGAAAGAGGUUGAAUAUUGUGAUAGAGACGGUGAUGAAUUGAGCAAGAAAAUGAAGACCAUUAAAAUAGAGAAAAGUUGAGAAUAGAACUCCAUAGAGUGAGCUUGAGAGAAUUAAUAAUAUUCUUUAGGUUUAGACGUGUGUUACACAGUUUUUAAUAGAAAGGGGAAGUGUUUUGUUGGAAGUGAAAAAAUGAAAGAGGAAUUUCCACUUUCGUUGGAUCUAUGCACAUGAUGCGCUGAUUUCUUCAGCGACCAAAGCUUCUUCCAGAAAAUCCGUUGAUUUUCGCUUCAAAUCUUCGCCUAAGAAAAGGAAAUCUGCUCUGAUUCUUUGCGGAUUCUUCUCGUGAGUUCUAGAAAUCUACAUCGUCAAAAUCCGGAAAAUCUUUUCGUCAAUUCGAGAAUAAGGCAAAUGAAUGAAAAAAAUAUCUUACCAUCUGACAAUAUUUAAAGCUUUUUAUGAAGAUGAAUAAACUGUAGAAGACAUUCACGAACCUGUUUGCAACUCUAUUGACUCCAGAAGAAGUGUUCAAAUACAUCAAAACAGGUAGCUAAAUUUUCAUAAGUUUACAUUACAUGACUACACUAAGGAACAAUAUUGCAAACACUUCUUUCCUGAAUUGGAUGUGAUUUUCUGAACAAGAAAUAUCCCAUUUGCAUACAAAACAUGUAAAAUAGGAGAAUGCUUAGCCAUAGCCUGCCAGCUUAAUGUAUUCAAUUUUUCCUUAAAAUAAUAUAUAUCCUUCCGAAUUUGCAUCUAUUUUCUUUCCCAACCAUGUCAGAGUUGAAAAUAGCAGCGUCUCAAAAUUCAACGUAUGAUCUAAAAUGAUAGAAUUCGUUUAUAAAAGAAUGUUGUAAAAAGAGGCAAACAAACCAGUAUGUCUAAACAAUUUAGGUCUUUUACAUUUUAUUCAUGUGUACUGCCUCUAAUUCAUCCCAAGUUCUUAUCUUUUAAAUAUUCUUUAAUUGGUUUGUUUAGUUGAAAGUAGCCACAUUCAACUUUGUUUAUUAGUACUCACUUUGAGUAUAUACGUCGCCUGUUUUUAUCAGAGAAAAUGUUGUCAAAAGGCUAUUAAUUUACCUAAAAAAAUGUUACUGACUUUUGUGAAUGAAUAUAUCAAUUAGUAAUUUAGUACAUGUUGAUGAAAAGUUGAUGGUGUGAAUUGUUACAAAGAUGGCCUUGGGACACACUGUUCAUGGACAUAUUAUGACUGUUGUUUUAUUCUCCAAGGCUGCACUGUAAGGUUUUGUGCCUUUGUGCAUCUUUUGACUAAAGGCUUAUUUGGCUUCAUUUCUAUUUUUGGUUAAUUCUGUCUAAGUGAUCUUGAAGAAUGGAAAGGUUAAUUACUUAUGAAAAAUCUAAUGAACCAGUUUGAUUUUCAUUUAAUUACGAUUACACCCAUUGAUCGGUCUAGCAAUUAGAAUCUUCUUUUGUUGCUCUAUUGGUUAUGUUUUGUCUUGCGGGGCUUCUAAACUCAAUGUAUUGAGGUUAGAUUUCAACUUUUAUACUAUUUUGUUUAAGGGUUUUGUAUGAUACUAAUAAUAUGUACUUUGUUUAAAACAUAAUUGUAUUUGCUAUGAAAAGUCAGAAAGAAAUAUACUCCCUCCGUCCCCCUAAGAUGUUCUCAUUUUGACUUUUGGUGGUUUUUAAGGAGAGUUGAAAAAAGGUGAAAGUUUACCAUAAUACCCUUAAUGAAAUAUGGGUGGAUUGUAUUAAAUGAGGUAAGUGAGGUGUAAUAAAUAAAGUAAGUGGGGAUAGUUAUGGUAUUUUAAUUAUUAAAAAAUGAAAUGAGAAGAUCUAUUGUGGACAGAGAAAAAGGGCUAUUGAGAAGAUCUCUGGGGGACGGAGGGAUAAACUAAUAAAGUCUUACAUCAAUA